UCAUCCAGAAUUGCUUACUGCAAUCUUCAAUAAAAAAAACCUUUAUUUACGCAGAGGCGUCGAGCCGUCGUGAGGCGCAGCGAACAUGCCGCGGAAACUGCUCAAAUUCCUGAUAGUGUUUGACAACACUUCCCUGCUCUACUUUCCUGGACAAUUCCUGUCUGGGAAGGUGUUGAUGGAACUACAGGAUGACACUCCAGUCUUAGGUCUACAUUUUCAUGUAGUUGGUGAAGGGGUGGUGAGGGUAGGGUCAGGAAGACACGAGAGACUUUACGACAAAGAGAACUACAUCGACUUUAGGAUGCGCCUUCUUGGCGAACCAGGACACGGUACAUCAAUACUCUCCCCGGGUAUUCACAGCUUUCCAUUCAAGCUAGGUCUACCGAUGGGACUGCCAUCCACGUUCCUUGGCACACAUGGAUGGGUGCAGUACUACUGCAAGGCGGCACUACGGGAACCCAACGGAUUGACGCAUAAAAACCAACAAGUUUUUAUUGUCAUGAACCCUAUUGAUUUGAAUCUGGAGCCUCCUGUGUUAGCUCAACAGUUUGAGUGCAGCGUGGAGCAUCGGCUGGGCACGAUCCAAUAUUCAGCGCACGGCAAGGUGGCGGCCAAGGAAGUGCGCGAGCUGGCAACUCUGUCGCGGGGAAAGUGUCGCCCCGGCGAGACGGACUGGUGGCGCGGCGAGCUGCUGUACGUGCCGCCGCUGCCGCCCACCAACCUGCGGGGCUGCCAUCUCAUCUCCGUGCAUUACGACGUCUUUUUCAUAAUCGAGCCGAAGAGCAUGGAAAAGGAGGUGAAACUGCAACUACCAGUGCUACUGGGCACAUACCCCUUCCGCGACGCCGCUGAAGACGAUCACCCUCCCACGCACUAUCCGUCCACGCUGCCCAUCUUCAGGCCCUGGCUGCAUGAUAAGCCCCACCACUGAUUCAUACAAACUACUUACUAGGCGACAACUGCUGACGUGAAAUUCUCCAUUAUUUGAACAAUUUUUUCUUCUCUUCAAUAACUACCGUAUACUAGAUAUACAGUAUACUAGAAUUUAUAUAUCUACUUUUCUAUGUAUGAAUACAACUUAUUGGUAGAACGAAUUUAACUCUAGCUGAAUGUGGAAUGUAAAAACCGAAAAUAUGUAUUAUAUUUUCGGUUAAAAAAAAUUUAAGGCUCAAUUAGAAACGGCUUAGUCGACAUACGACCCAUUCGCACAGUGCCUAUAGUCGUAAAAGUACGUGCAGGUAGCGCGUCUUUCGGAAAAUUCUCGCGGUCUUUCGGAGAAUUCCCGCAGCUACCGUAUCGUGAUCUAGUUUAUACGUUAUACAAUUGAUAUAACGUUAAUUAUGGUAUAUACAAUAACUCUCUUCCAUUCCGUUCCGCGGUAAUUUAAAUUUAUGCUUAUGCUAGUUACGAAUAGUGUUGGGUCAUGAAAAAUAUUAUUAAAAAAAAUUAUUUUUAUAAUUUUUUUGUUUGCUUUUUGAAAUUUUUCGGACAAUUUAUACUUAUGACGGUUAGUCAGAAAAGGGUGAGUUGUAGGAAGACAGACUGUCUCACUCGCAUAUUAGGCGUAUGUACGCCACGUGACAGAGACAAUUAAGGCC